GUGAUACCGGUAUCACCGGGUGGGGUAGGCGGGUUUAAAUAGCUUAGGAAUGCGCGUGUGGCCGUGCACAUUUACUUUCACCUCUGAAUUGGCUGCAAUGCACUUGUUUGAAUGAUGUGCUUGAAGUGAGCCGUGCGCGCUGGUACUUCUGACAUGUUGUACGGAUGAAAGCCCGCCCAUCCCAAGAUUAAGGAGCACGUUUUGGAUUCAGCAUCAGGACAAAUGGCACUUCAUUUCUUCUUCAUUUCAAGACCUGCUUGAACGCAACACACAAUAGUGUGUCCGGACAGGUGCCUUCAUGUAAAUUUAUAAACAUCUGCAUCGCCUAUCGAAAGAAACUUGAUUGGAGGAAAGGUGCGGACACACGCAGAAAGUUUUAUGAAAGAUGCUCCAACACUCAAGCAAGAGACACAGACUUCUGGAUAAAGGCCCGCUGCACCGGUAAUCAACAUGUUUUACAUUGAGACACUGGAGGGGUGAACUUUGGACCGUCUUUCUUGUGAGAGUAUUAACAGAAGAAUUCUUGUUAUUUUUUUACUAAGCAUAAGUGCAUGUGCAUCUUAUCCUCCAUUUUGUAAUCAAAGAAGAUUUGGGUUUUUUCUGCUGCGAUUUUGACAACUCUCUUUCUUUUGAGAGUUACAUAAUCUGUUACACCAUUCUGGAGUGGACAAGGUUACUAACAUUCAAUUUUCGCUUAGUUUUGGUCAUUUUAUAGGCCUUGACUUUACUAACAGCACAUCCUCAAGGAGAGUCCAUGUGUCCGACCUUGAACGCUUCAGUGUAUUUUUUCCUACAACUGGAUUAAGGAGCAGUGAUUUGCAGUCUGGGAUUUCUUCACAGAUUGUGCUUUUGGAAUUGUCAGCAGUUCUUUCCUUAACAGAUCUAUAUCCUGGAAUUCCUAAAGAAAGUCGUGAUGGGUAAUGCAGCAGGCGGCCUAGAGCAGGAUGAAGGGCAGGAGACCAAGGGUUCAACAAGUGGUAUGAACCCCACUCCUUCCCAAAUCAAAAAGAAAAGUGCCCCUCCUAAACUACCCAUGCCCCCCGAAGAAGAGCUGGAGGAGCGGUUCAAUGCGGUUUUGAGCACCAUGAAUCUGCCUCCAGAUAAAAUGAAGCUUCUAAGUCAGUAUGACAAUGAGAAGAAAUGGGAGCUGGUCUGUGAUCAGGAGAGAUUCCAGGUGAAGAACCCUCCCUCAGCUUACCUGACUAAGAUCAAGAGCUUUUACCAGGACCAAGGUGGAGUUACACGCAGGUUUAAGAAACGUGUGCAGGAGUCAACGCAAGUCCUGAGAGAAUUGGAAAUCUCUCUGAGAACCAAUCACAUAGGUUGGGCUCAGGAGUUUCUUAAUGAGGAAAACCAAGGUUUGAAUGUUCUGGUGGACUACCUGUCCUACGCUCAGAGUGAUGCACCGUUUGAGACUGAAUCUGUGGAAAAUGGCAGCUCAGUAUCAGACACCAGGAGGCUGUCUGAAAGAUCAGUGGAAGAUCUGGCCAAAAACGUCAAUCAUUCUACUUCACAUGGGAUGACCAGAGCGGCACGUGCAUUGACUGUCCGAAUAACUUCACUGGCUCAAAGGAAAACUUUCCGGAAUGCCCGAUUGGCCAGCCAAAGAGACGACGUUCACCUCUGCAUCAUGUGUCUGCGUGCUAUCAUGAAUUACCAGUCUGGCUUUACCUUGGUCAUGAAUCACCCCAGAUGUGUCAAUGAAAUUACACUUAGUCUCAACAACAAAAACCCCAGGACAAGGGCUUUGGUGCUGGAGCUGUUGGCGGCAGUGUGUCUGGUUAGGGGAGGACAUGACAUCAUCAUCUCUGCCUUUGACAACUUUAAAGAGGUGAGCGGAGAGAAGAAUCGCUUUGAGAAGCUUGUGGAGUACUUCAUGCAUGAUGACAGCAACAUAGACUUCAUGGUGGCUUGCAUGCAGUUCAUUAACAUUGUGGUCCACUCGGUGGAGAACAUGAACUUCCGUGUGCAUCUUCAGUAUGAGUUUACUCAACUUGGCCUUGACCAGUAUUUAGAGUCCCUAAAAGAGAUGGAAAGCGAGAAGUUGCAAGUGCAGAUCCAGGCAUAUCUAGAUAAUGUGUUCGACGUCGGAGCUUUAAUGGAAGAUGCCGAGAGUAAAGCUGAAUUACUGGAGCAUGCAACAGAACUGCAGGAGAACAAUGUACAGCUGAAUGCCAGACUGCAGGAAUACGAGAAUGGAGCAAUGGAAAAAAUGGCAGAACUGGAGCAACAGCUAAUGCAAGCCACAAAAGAGUCUGCGCUGCUGAAGGAGAGCUUGAAAGAGUCGUGCGCUCAGGUGAGCACUUUACAGCAGAGAGAGCGAGAACGAGAGAUUCAAAGAGAGAGAGAGCGAGAACAGGAGCGCAGACCGUCACAGAUAGAGAGAGAAAAUAACAGAGAGAAGGUGAGCGAUGAAGACUCCAGACUGGAGCAGAAGCUAAAGGAACUAGAGGAGAAAGGUUUAGUAAGACUGCAGCGCACGGCAUCUGGAGUCCUGGACAUUGAAGUCAUCCCAGUUGUCAUAGAGAAAACUGUCACUCAAACAGUACCUGUAUCAACACCUGCUGAUCAAGCCCCACCUUCUUCAGGCGGAGCACCACCCCCACCACCUCCACCACUACCUGGAGCUGGAGCAGCCCCGCCUCCUCCUCCUCCACCACCACCCCCUCCUCCUGGAUGUGAAGGUGCUGCUCCUCCUCCCCCACCUCCUCCUCCCCCUCCUGGUGGACCACCGCCUCCCCCACCACCACCUGGAAGUGGACUGCCGCCCCCUCCGGGAGCUCCACCUGCACCUGGAGCUGAAACAGGAGUAAAGGCCCGUAAGCCGAUUCAAACCAAGUUCAGGAUGCCUCUGUUGAACUGGCAGGCUCUGAAGCCCAAUCAAGUGACAGGAACUGUGUUCAGCGAGCUGGAUGAUGAGCAAGUGUUAGGGAUGUUGAAUAUGGAUCUGUUCGAGGAACAUUUUAAGACCAAGGCCCAGGGUCCUCCUGCAGAUAUUUCUAAGCUGAAAGUUAAGGUGGCUGAGAAGGCCCCUGCUAAGGUGUCUCUGCUGGAGGCUAACAAAGCCAAAAACCUUGCCAUCACCCUCCGCAAAGGAGGGAUGACCCCUGAUGUCAUCUGCACAGCUAUUGAAAGAUAUGAUCAGCAGUCUCUGAGUCUAGACUUUCUGGAGCUCCUUGAACGUUUUAUCCCAUCUGAGUAUGAGAUGAAGCUUCUCCAGAACUACGAGAAAGAAGGACGCUCAUUAGAAGACCUGAGUGAGGAGGAUCGCUUCGUAAGUCGCUUUGGCAAAAUCCCACGCCUCUCUCAGCGGAUCAACACCCUCACCUUCAUGGGCAACUUCCCGGAGAGUAUAAAACGCCUGCAGCCGCAACUGGACGCCAUCAUCGCAGCUUCUGUUUCCAUUAAGUCUUCGACUAAGCUUAAAAAGAUCUUAGAGAUCAUCCUGGCAUUCGGGAAUUACAUGAACAGCAGUAAAAGAGGAGCAGCAUAUGGUUUCCGUCUGCAAAGUCUUGAUCUGCUGUUGGACACAAAGUCCACAGAUCGAUCGCAGACUUUACUGCAUUUUAUCGCAAGUAUGGUGCAUGAGAAAUACCCAGAGCUUGCCUCCUUCCACUCAGAACUCCGCUUUAUAGACAAGGCUGCGCUGGUGUCAUUGGAUGGUGUGCUACAAGAUGUCAGAUCUCUGGAGAGAGGAAUGGAAGGGACCAAGAAGGAAUUCCUGGUUCAGGAUGACAUUCCAGCAUUGAAAGAGUUUGUUAAAGGCAACAGUGAUGUAUUAGAUUCACUUAUUAAAGAUGGCAAAACAGCACAGGAGGCAUAUUUGUCUGUAGUGGAAUACUUUGGAGAAAACCCCAAGACAACACAGCCUGCCAUGUUCUUCCCAGUGUUUGUAAGGUUCAUCAAAGCUUAUAAGCAAGCAGAACAUGACAAUGAGGUGAAAAAGAAACAAGCGCUGGCAGCAGAGGAACAGACAACCCCCUCAAAGAAGAAAGAAAGCAGCAGCCCUCAAAAGGGCCCCAUGAUGCCCAAAAUGCCUCAGAUGGAUCUGAUCGCAGAGCUGAAGAAGAGACAGGUGAAGCCACAAGUCACAGAUGGUGCCAUUGAUGACAUAAUCACAGAUUUGAGAAAUGCACCUUAUAGAAGAGGAGAUGGGCGGAGAACAGCUCCCCGACAGGAAAACUGAGGGUUACUUAAAAUGAACAGUACGGUUCUGUAAAUACAUUUGUUUUUAUACAUACAUCUAAUCUGUUCUCUUUAUAUAGUACAACAUUUCUAUAUCAUCUGUACAGCACACACAAUGUUCCCUCACACAAUGUUUGUGCAGUGCUUAACCUUCGAGAAACAUUUUAAAGCUCAAACCGAGAAAAAAAAAUGUAAAUACAUCAUAUAAAAUAUUUUGUACCACCACACUUGUGUAUGAAAAUUAUACCACACACUGUAUUUUUGAGCUUCAGUUAUUUUCUUUCACCGUGUUUAUUAUGCUAAUGAAAUUGUAAAAAGCCCCCCGAAAAGAUGGCAUCAAUAUUUUUAUAUGACUUCUGUAUUAAGUAAAACUGUUGGGGUUUGUAUUUUAACAUAAGUGUGAGAAAUUGUACAUGAAUUAAACACAUACAUUCUUAUAUUUUCUGCUCAAAUAAAAGACUCUGUUUUUUGUUUUUGUAGAAGAGAGCUGUACUUUAUUAGACACACAACCACAGCAAUUAUGUACAAAAGGUCUCGGCUCUCAGUUUUUUCUCACAGGAAAAAUAAUAAAGUUACAUUUCUCACAAAGUUAUCAUGGCA